AUGUCAUCAGGACAGGGAGCCAUCGAACAUAUGUAUCGCCUCGGCGUAGUGCCACGCUCGCCAUCCCCUGCAGCAGGAACAGGCGGUCCUCCACUCCUCCGCUCGAGGCCUAGGCGAGAAGGCCCGACCCCGCCCCCAGAAACAAGCAGCAGCGGAAUGAAACGUUCAUAUGCAAUGCAGGAGAUUUCCAUGCUGGAAGCCCUCGAUGAAUUCGUGGGACCUGAGGACCUGGACGCCCGACAUGAUGCCCGAGGCGACGACGGCAAUGACGACGAGGCCCCGCUGCUGGUUAGCGCGGAUAAGACAUCACCGGCCUCUACAUCCACCCCGUCGACGCCCCAGCCGAGCAAGCCGGGCGACGGCAUGAUAACCAGCCCAGGGGAAGGACGGCUGGUAAACGCAAAGUCUCAUUCGAUGGGGUGUCGUGAUCUUGGAGAGAGGGCGUUGCCGUUGCCGUUGGAUCCAGUUAUCAAGGAUUCUCGGGGGAUGCCGUCACUAAAGGUGCCCUUGCGUGACAAGUGGGUAGCAUGGCAGGCCGCCAAGCCUGCGCGAUGGAAGGACAUCAUUCUUGGCAGAAACGGUUUGGCGAAGGACUGA